UGCCGUGCGCAGGUGGAGCGCAUCAAGGAGCGCGUGGAGGAGAAGGAAGGGAUCCCGCCCCAGCAGCAGCGGCUCAUCUACAGCGGGAAGCAGAUGAACGACGAGAAGACGGCGGCCGACUACAAGAUCCAGGGCGGCUCCGUGCUGCACCUGGUGCUAGCCCUUCGAGGGGGCGGGGCCAGGCGGGGCGAGGGGCGGGGCUAACGGCAGGCCCCGCCCUCCGCCCGCGUCGACGACCCCGCCCAUACUGACGCCCUCUUCCACCCUUUUCCAAGUCCCCAUGUUUGCAUGUACCCCAACGAAUUAAAGCGUCUGUGUGAUGUCA